AAACGUCGCAUAUGACGCGAUACGGUUUUUAUGAUUCAUUCAACCAAGAAUUUUUCUUGAGAAUUAUUGAUGCCAAUUAUUUCGAAAUUUUAUUCACUUAAAAUUUUUUUGUGAAUCUUGGCAGAAUAUCUCAUUCAAAAAAACAAUGGUUCCAUAAUUAAAUUUCGAAUCUUUUUUUCAUUUUGCAUUGUUAAUUUUUUUUCUUAUUUUAGUGGUCAUCAUAGAAUCGAUACAACAAAAAUGACAUUCAAAGAUCUAACUUCAGUUCGUGAUAGUACCGAUCAAUUGGUACAAAGUGUUCAGUGUUAUAAUGUUAAACCACUAAUUCUGCAAGGUUUUAUUGGGCCAUUUUUUACAUUACAAACAAUACUAUGUGUCUGGUAUUUUUAUUCCGAUGAAAAUUAUUCCGAUGUCUACAUUAUAACCGGUGGAUCUCUUUGUCUAUUGCAAUUACUCACAUUUUUGUCUGGAAUGUGGUCAGUACAUUGUCUAUGUUUUCUUGCUUAUUCAAAGGUAAAAAAUGUAACCGAUGCAGCCUGGGCAAAAGUAGUGCCCACUUCUAAUAAUGGUUCAGCUGAACUUGUACCGUUACGGCAUGCAAAAAUCGAUGGCAAAGAAACCAUUUGGUUUUUGUUUCAAAAAACCAAAUAUAUUUAUGAUUAUGAUAAACAAACGUUUCAGCUGAUCAUUUUUCCUACGGAUCUUCCGUACAAAACAUAUCAAAAAUGGCAUGGCUAUCCAAAUGAUAAUGAACUACAAACAGCAAUUAAAUUAUAUGGAAAAAAUCUUCUCGACAUGGAUAUACCGGAUUUCUGGACACUAUUCCGUGAACGAGCAACGGCACCAUUUUUUGUUUUUCAAGUAUUCUGUGUUGGUCUUUGGUGUUUGGAUGAAUUUUGGUAUUAUAGUCUAUUCACCUUAAUGAUGUUGGUUGCAUUCGAAAGCAUUCUUGUUACACAACAAUUGAGAAAUAUGGCCGAAAUUCGUAAGAUGGGAAAUAAACCAUAUGAAAUGUUGGCAUAUCGUAAUCAUAAAUGGCAUUCAAUUCUUUCAUCAGAACUUAUCCCAGGUGAUAUUAUAUCCAUUGGACGAUCUCAAGAUGAUAAUCUUGUUCCAUGUGAUUUAAUACUUUUACGUGGUUCAUGUAUUGUCGAUGAAUCAAUGUUGACUGGUGAAUCUGUACCACAGAUGAAAGAACCGAUUGAAAAUCUAAUCGAUGUCGGUGAUCGACAAUUCAAUGUUGAUACCGACGGAAAACUGCAUGUUUUAUAUGGUGGCACAAAAAUUCUUCAACAUACAUCGCCGGUGAAAAAUGCUGUCAGUUUACGAGCCAGUGAUAACGGUUGUAUUGCAUAUGUACUUCGUACUGGAUUUCAGACAUCUCAGGGAAAAUUGCUACGGACCAUUCUUUAUGGUGUUCAACGAGUUACGGCCAAUAAUAUUGAGACAUUUGGUUUCAUUUGUUUCUUGCUUAUUUUUGCUAUUGCUGCCGCAUCAUACGUUUGGAAUCAUGCAUCCGAAGAUCCUAAACGAAAUAAAUAUAAAUUAAUGCUCGAAUGUGCAUUGAUCUUAACAUCAGUCGUACCACCAGAAUUGCCAAUAGAAUUAUCAUUGGCUGUCAAUAGUUCAUUAACAUCAUUGAUCAAGCUAUACAUUUUCUGUACCGAACCAUUUCGAAUUCCUUUUGCCGGAAAAGUUGAUAUUUGCUGUUUUGAUAAAACUGGUACAUUGACCAGUAAUGAUCUUGUAGUCGAAGGUGUUGCCGGUCUUGAUCCACAAAAUGAUGAUAAAAUUCAGACACCUCAAGAAGUCCCAAUUAAAACCAUCCAAGUAUUGGCUACAUGUCAUUCACUUGUAUAUCUAGACGAUGGACUUGUUGGUGAUCCAUUAGAAAAAUCGACACUCAAAUCAAUCGAUUGGACAUUGACUAAAGGUGAUUCGGUUAUUCCACGUAAAGGCAAACAAACAGGCUUGAAAAUAUUCCAACGAAAUCAUUUUUCAAGUCAAUUGAAACGAAUGUCAGUUAUUGCUGGUUAUAAUGACGUUACAUCAGGUGAAUCCAGUUAUUUCGUAUCGGUCAAAGGAGCACCGGAAAUUCUUAAACCAAUGUUUUCAAAAAUUCCGGAUAAAUAUGAUAACGUAUACCUGGAAAUGUCUCGUAAAGGUGCACGUGUGUUAGCGUUAGGUCGAAAAAAUCUAGGCAAUAUAUCGCCUGGACAAAUUAGGAAUUUCACUCGUGAAGAAGUGGAAACUGAACUCGAAUUUGUUGGCUUUCUGAUAAUUUCCUGCCCGCUAAAACCUGAUUCAAUCUCAGUAAUGAAAGAAAUUAUUAGUUCAUCACAUUAUGUUACAAUGAUUACCGGUGAUGCACCACUUACCGCUUGUCAUGUAGCUAAAGAGCUAUAUUUUGUUUCGGGUAAAAAACCAACAAUUAUUCUCAAUGGUACGGAAAAACUUGUGUGGAAAUCAAUUGAUGAAAAAAUCUGUUUACCAUUGAUACCUGAUAACAAUGAAUUCUUUCGACAAUAUGAAUUCUGUGUUACCGGCGAUAGCCUCAAUGCUUUACUUGAUUAUGAUCCGAAAUUUUUCAUCAAAAUUUUGCCCAAAAUUCGUGUGUUUGCACGUGUGGCACCGAAACAAAAAGAAUUCAUCAUAACAUCAUUACGAUCAUUGGGUUAUACAACAUUAAUGUGUGGUGAUGGAACCAAUGAUGUUGGCGCAUUAAAACAUGCUCAUGUUGGCGUUGCUUUACUUUCGAAUCCCUUACCUAUGCCGAAAACUGAAAAAUCAUCUAACAACAUCCCAGCUAAUAAUAAUGGAGAUUAUCGUCGUUCAAUCAAUGAUGUAUUGGCCGAACGGAAUAAUAGUCGUAUAAUGAAUAAUAACCAUCAUAGGCAACGACGAAAUCAUGGUCAUAAUAAUAAUUCCAUGAAUUCGGCAUCGUCUUCAGUGAAUCCACGUAUGAUUCGCACACAGGAGCGUAUCAAUCAAUUAUUGAAAGAAUUGGAAGAACAAGAUAAAUCUCAAAUUGUAAAGUUGGGUGAUGCUAGCAUUGCUGCACCAUUUACAUCGAAGCUAUCAUCGAUUCAAUGCAUUUCACAUAUAAUUCGUCAGGGCCGUUGUACAUUAGUCACAACACUACAAAUGUUUAAAAUUCUUGCACUCAAUGCUCUUAUCCUAGCCUAUUGCCAAUCAGUACUUUAUCUGGACGGAAUUAAAUUCAGUGAUGGUCAAGCAACACUACAGGGACUCUUCCUUACCGGUUGUUUUCUAUUCAUCACUCGUUCAAAGCCAUUGGAGGUACUAUCAAAACGCCGUCCAUUAUCCAACAUAUUCAACUUGUACACCAUAUUGACCGUAUUGCUUCAAUUUGCUGUACAUUUUUUGGCCUUGGUUUAUCUAGUCCGUGAAGCAACGGCAAUGUCACCGCCACGGACGGAAAAAUUCGUCGAUCUAGAUACUGAAUUCAAACCAUCAUUGUUGAAUUCGACUGUCUAUAUAAUUUCCAUUUCAUUACAAGUUGCAACAUUUGCCGUCAAUUACAAGGGUCAUCCAUUCAUGUGUAGUUUGGCAGAAAAUCGUCCACUUUUGUACAGUAUUCUGGGCUCAUUUGGUUUGGUUAUCGUUCUUGUUACUGGUGUGAUGCCCGAAUUUUCUGAACAAUUUUCCGUUGUUGAGUUUCCACAGCCGUUUCAAACGACCAUACUAACGGUAUUGGCUUCUGAUCUUAUCGGUGCAUUAUUUAUUGAUCGAAUAUGUGAAUUGAUUUUGGACCGGUCAUCGAUGAAAUCAAUUUAGUUCAGAUUUAUAAUUAUAAUUUUUUUCAAAUUUAUUCAAAUUGGACUGAUAGCUCUCUGAAUGUAAUUUUCACAAAAAAAUGUCUAUUAUAUUUAAUGAAAACUAUUUUAAUUAUUAAAAAAAAAUGAAAAUUCAAAUCAAAAUCGACGGACAACUGGGCAAUUCGGACCAUCGAAACAUUUUUUUUAUGUCCUGGGAAUGGCGUAUUGUUAUCCUCUCCUGUAUAUAAUCAUGGAGAUUUCAUGGAUAAUGAUAAAACCCCCAAAUUAUAAAGGACAAAAUUAAAAAAAAAAUUUGUGACCGUUUUGUGAUAUCAAGAUUAAAGUUUUUCUUCCUAACUCUUUGGUAUGCGAUUCGGUCUCCACAAAUUAAAAU